AUGGCACAAUCAAUUGUUGUUGCACCAAAAACACCACAAGAGAAAAAUGAUUUUAAUGUGAUGGAUUAUGGCGCGGUUGGUGAUGGCAAAAUUGAUGAUUCUAAAGCUUUUCUUAAAGCAUGGACAGAUGUAUGUGGAAGCAACGGAGAAAACCAAGUUUUGGUAGUGCCACAAGGAAAAGAAUUUCUAUUAAGCCCGUUAACAUUUUCUGGUCCAUGUAAAUCGUCACAUAUUCAGAUUUCGGUACAAGGAAAUCUGGUAGCUCCCAAUACUAGUGAUUUAUGGACUAAAUGCGAAGAAAAUUCGUGGAUUCUGUUUAAAAAUGUACAAGGUCUCGGAAUCAUUGGAUCGGGCAAAAUCGACGGCCAAGGAUCACUCUGGUGGAAUAAACCACUAAUUGUUACUAAUGGUUGCACUCAGCCUAUGGCAUUAAGAUUUCAUAGUUGUAAUGGGCUCCAACUUAGAGGCUUAACACAUUUGAAUAGUGGCAAACAACAUAUAAGUAUAGCUAAUGCCAAAUUUGUGGAAUUAUCACACUUAAAUAUAAUAGCUCCGAGGGAUAGUCCUAACACAGACGGAAUUAACAUUGCUAAUGUUACUAAUGUUUUUAUUCAUGACACCAUCAUUGGCACAGGUGACGAUUGCAUUGCAAUAAAGGGUGAAUCAUUUUUGGUCAAUAUUACAAGGGUUACAUGUGGGCCAGGUCAUGGCAUAAGUAUUGGAAGCUUAGGAAACGAUGGAGACAAUGAUGUAGUAGAGCAGGUACUUGUGAAGGAUUGUACAUUCAAUGGAUCAACAAAUGGAGCCAGGAUUAAGACGUACCAGGGUGGAUUAGGACAUGUAAGUGGCGUCACUUUUCAAGGAAUAAAACUCAUUAACACUACAAACCCCAUAAAUAUCGAUCAAUUCUAUUGUGUUAACCGGGAUUCAUGCCCAAUCACGAAACGUGCCGUGCAAGUAAGCGAUGUGACGUUUCGUGGGUUCCAAGGUACAUCAGCAAACUCAGAAGCAAUAUCACUACGUUGUAGCGCAAGUGUGGCAUGCACAAACAUAGAACUUGAAAAUAUCAAAAUAACACCCUUUAAAGAUGGACUAAACCUAACUACAAAUUGUGAAAAUGUUCGUGGAACAAUUUUGCCUCCUGUAACACCAGAUCUUAGUACUUGUCUUUCCAAAUGA